CAAUUUCUUUUAAUGUGGAAGAUUUUCUUAUAGACGAUACUAACGCAUAAAAUUUCUAAUAAAACGCCUCAUUUUAGGUAUUCUUUACUAAAAUAUUGAUUUUCAAGGGAAAAGCACGACAUCAAAAUGUCGUCGCUUUUACGUUCCACUAAAUUUGUGCGAUACUUCACGGGUGCGGCAAGAACGCUGAUAUUGAACUCCGCUAAGACUGCAGAAUCUAAUUUAUUGGUCAAUCCUAUUGCACUGUGUUCCGCUAACAAUGUACUUUUGCGCGAUUAUGCCACUUCCAAAAAAGCAGAAAGUCUUGAACCUUUGCUACAAAAAUUGGAUUCAGAAGCAAGAAGAUUUGGCCGCAUUACCAAGAAAGACAUUGAUGAGGUUUUUGAUGAGAUAAGAUCAAAGAAUGACAUCACUAGUUCCCAGUCGUUGCUUGUAAUACGGUGUUGUGGUGAACUUGUACCAGAAGAAUUACCAGAACAAAGGACACUCUUAGUCCAAAAGAUAUGGAGUGUACUUACAGAACGGGGUAUCCCUAUGGACAUUUCUCACUACAAUGCUCUACUGAGGGUCUACAUAGAAAAUGAGCACCCGUUUUCACCAGCCCAGUUCCUUGAAGAACUGGAGAAGAAAGGACUGCAGCCUAACAGGGUGACUUACCAAAGGCUUAUGUGGCGUUAUUGUCAAGAAGGAGAUGUUGAGGGUGCAACAAAAGUUUUAGAAAAAAUGAGAGAGCUUAGCAUGCCAGUGUCAGAACCAGUUCUAAAUGCCCUGGUCAUGGGCCAUGCAUUCCACGGAGACACAGAUGGUGCCAAGGCAGUGCUUGAGACAAUGGCUGGAGCAGGCCUGCAGCCGACUAACCGUACCUAUACUCUUCUUGCCUGUGGGUAUGCUAAGCAAGGAGAUAUUGCAGGUGUUGAAAGUGUCAUCAAAACUGCAACUGACAAGGAUGCUUACUUGACUGAUAAGGAUAUUUUGGAUAUCAUUGAACAUCUAGCAACUGGAGGUUACAGUGACAAAAUGGAAAGUCUCUUCCAACAUCUUCAGAAGGGCAUGGGCUACAAUCAAGACGUUUGCAAUGUUAUCCUACGGUUGCUCAACAAAGGGCAACUGGAUGCGGCCAAAAAGAUCAUGAAGACCAUGCCAAAGACUACCAACAAUGAUGACACGCCGUUCAAAGGGGCAUUCUUUAUUAAACAGCUUUUAAGAGUUAAAAAGUCGCCUGAGGACAUAAUCAAGGCUUGCUGGGAACUUAAAGAAGAAGGACUAGUUCCUAAUUCCAUCUAUAUAGCUACUGAGUCAGCAUUACAGCAGGGACACGUUGAACUGUCUCAAAGUUUGUUCAAAGAGCUCCAAAAGGAAGGACACGAAAUUCGCCAGCACUAUUACUGGCCACUGCUCGCACAGAAAGGUCGGGAGGGUGAUGAGGAAGGCCUUUUGCAACUCAUCCGUGACAUGGUGAAAGGAGGUAACAUUCCCAGCGGAGAGGCUUUGAGGGACUAUGUCAUACCACACCUGAUCAAAAAAGACACCCCUCUGAACAUAAUACUAAAACUCCAAAUUGCGAAUGUGCCAGUUGCACAUGCGGCAAGAAACCUCAUGAUCGAGCUCUUACAAGCCGGCAAACUUAAACAAGCGGCCGAGGUUGCUUUAAAAUAUAGACCUAGAGGCCAAUACUCUUUGAUCACGAGACCGCUAAUUAUUGCACUGAGCAAAACUAAAGAUAUUAAUGCAUUUUCGACUAUUUUGCACGUUAUUUGCAGCUCACAAGGCCAAGUAACACAAACUGACGAUGAUACCCAUGAUGACGGUCAACAAGAGAUUGAGGUUGGUCGAAUUGUUCUAUCGGCUUUGAAAAACCUAGGCAAUGUUGACGCAGCUAAACAACUACUGCAAGCUAUUCAUGCAAAAGGUUUAAGAAUUAGCUCUGAAUCUGCAGAUGCCAUUCAACAGUAUCUAGGAAAGAACUUGACAACCGAACUUUCGGAAUUACUGUCUCAGCUUACGUCACCUGAUCUUGAAAUUGCGCCAUUAGAAGUACAGAGAGGUUAUAACAACGAACCGCGAAGCUCAGCUCAUUUAGAGAAACUGCUGGCUCAAGGCAAGCCUGACAGUGAAAAGCGCUUACAGAGACAACUCAUUUCAGCUUACAUUAAAGAGAACAAUGUUGAAAAGCUUAAUAAACUUUUGGCCGACUUGAAAGCUUCAAAUUUUGAACUAUCUAACUUGGUUCUUUCUCAGUUGUUCGAAUUUUAUUGUGUGAAUGAUGAUUUAGAGAAAGCUAAGCAAAUCCAUUCCGAAAUACUACAAAAGGAUCCUGAAUUUGUGUUGAAUAAGUUUAAGCUUGUUCAGAUGUCAUAUGCUUUAGUGAGAGCAGGUAAAGUGGAAGAAGCCAUCCAGUUUUUGAAGGACAAUAGACACGAGCCAGAGUCGGAUAAAGGAAGUUUCAUGCUCAACUCCAAAUGCUGGCAAAUGCUGAAUAGCUUAGCUGAAAAAAAAGAAGAUGCUAAAGUAAUAGAAAUGACAACGGUACUCCUAGACAACAACUACAUUGAGCCAUCCAACGUGAUCUUCGGGCCCGGCAUCAAAGUGUUCUUACUGAAAGGCGACGUGGAAGCCGCGCUGAAGCAGUUCGAGGACUGCUGCAAGCAGUACAGGUGCACGCCGUGGAAGGGAGAGCUGAUGAAGGUGCUCAUCGCCAAGGAAGACGCCAGUAGGCUGCAGUGGUUGGCGGAUCUCAGCACCCAGAUCCACGGCGAAGUGAACGUGCUCCACGACCUGGUGCUCGCGUUCGUGGAGUGCGGCCGCCUGCGCCAGGCGCGCCGCAUCCUCGAGACGCCGGGGCUGCAGGCGCGCCACCAGCGGCUCAACGACGCCUGCGAGAGAUACGUCGAGGAAGGCAAAUCCGAAUAUCUCGAGGGCCUGCUCGAGGCUACUAAACAACUGUCGCACAUCGAUCGCUCCAACAUUUUCUACCACCUCCUCGUCACCUACUGCAAAGCCGACGAGACUGACAAAGCUCUCGGCCUCUGGACUAUCCUGCAGGAAGACGGCGAAAUCCCGAGCGAUCAAUUCCUCGCUUACCUUGGCAAACACCUGAAAGCAAAGAAAAGGCCAGUACCAUUCAUCAUUCCUGAAGAACAGGGCACAAACAAGCAAGUGAAAAGAGAACAGCAGACUAAAAAAGUACAGACGAAACCUAAUCAACCAAAACUUUUGAAGCAAGAUGUAACAGCUAAGAUUGAGAAUUUGAUUCACGACGGAAAAAUUACCGAAGCACUGGACUACGCCGUUAAGACAUUAGACGAAGGGACGAUAGCAAAGCCUAACAUACUAAAGUAUCUGCUGAAGAAACUCGCUGAGCAAGGAGAGGUCGAAAAGAUACAAGAGCUAGGCAAGCGCCUGACGGAGCCCAUGAAACGUAAUGUCACCUACGACGAUAAACUAACCCUGGCCAUUUUCACGACGGGCGCGGGCCCGCAGCACAUCGACAGUCUUUACGACGGCGUCAAUAACGCCAAGUCCGACGAAGAGUUAGCAAAAGCCCUGGUAAAGUUCCCGCGAAGCAAUGCUCUUGCUUCGGUCAUACAGGAUGAUGUUUUCGUUGAGAAGUGUCGCAAAGUAGCCGAACUAGCAGCUUCCAGAGGACAACACAUGCCAGCAAAUCUCCUCUGGAUGGAGUAUGUACUAGCAGGAAAAGACCAGCAAGCUGACUCUCUCUGGGACAAAUGCUUGAACAGUGUCCAGAGCGUAGUCUUCAGACGACUACUGCAGGAGAGCCACAUCAGGAAACAACCAGAGUUAAUAGAAAAACUUAUAGCGGCGAUGCAGAAAAACAAAAACAUAACGCCAGGGUCGCAUGCCAAUGCAUACUCUAGAUUAAUCAAUUUGCAUUUACUUGAAAAUAAAGUUGAUGAAGCGCAAGCUGUUUUAGAAAAAGCAGUGAAACUCGGCGUGCCCAUCGACCAAUUUAACAAGAAUUCUCUAAGUAAGUUGAAAGAAGCCGUAGAAGCUACAGGACAAGGUUUCAAAUAUGCUGUUUAGAUCUAGUUCAUUGUGAUUUGUUUCAGUAGUGUGAUCAUGGGCCUUGUAAAUAAUAUUGUGAAAUUAAUACAAGUACUGAGUAUUCAUUAUUAUAAUGUACCUUAUUAAUAUUAUAUUAGAUGUCAUUAAAUUGUCAGUUAAUAAA